AUGGAUGGCCUGCUGGAGGCUUACCCUGGCAUAACUAUCCACGCCUACAGGGUUACAGAGGGCAUGGCCACCUUGGAAUUGCUAUUAACCAAAAUACCCAUUAAAACGGAAAAGCAGGCAUUGAAAAUUCUCGAUAUAUGUUCUAAAAAGCAAUUUAUUAAUGCUGAAGAGGAAGUCUGCGAAGUACAAGCAAACAAAUCUUUCACCGAAGAACGUUAUGAUGUAUUGGAUAGCGAUGGCUUUGAAAAAAUGGUAUGUGUUAAGGGCGAUCAAUACAUUAACGUUAUGAGCCAAACAGAAGGUCAUACAGUCCAACUGAUAGCUGGUAAUCAUCUGAGUUGUGAUACUUGCAUUUUAAAACGGGAUCAUCAUUGCGUUUUUACCGGUUGUUGUGUGGGUCAUAGGAAUCAACGUUAUUUUCUUAGGUUUAUUGUACACAUCAUUCUUGGUACCUUUUACGCUCUGUGCUACAAUUCGGCAUAUUUCUGGUGGCUACAUAAAGAAACCUUUUUGGAUUUGGGGACUGCUGUCAAAAUGAUAUGUCCCUUUAUGACAUUUUUAGCAGAAUUUUCUUGGACCAAUAUUUAUUUAGUCAUUUAUGAAAUUAAUGUAAUUGCUUUGAUUUAUACCGGAGUGCUAUCGUUUUUCCAAGGCUCGAACAUUUUGAAGGGUGCUGUAUCGUAUCAUGAACGCCAAACAGCUAAAUAUGACAUGGGUUGGAGGAAAAAUCUAAUAAUAGUUAUGGGAAAUCGGUGGCGUUUGGUAUGGUUGUGGGCAUUUUUAGAUAGCAAAUUACCUCAUGACGGUGUAUAA